GGAAGCGCUCGUCGGCGUCAGUCAGUCCACUGAGAGGACGCGAUGUGAUGUCAGCGGUUGAGACCACAUACAUAUAUAAGGCAGUGUUUAUAUAUGAUAUCUGUGGGUGAGACCACAGACCUGCUCGAUCAGCAUGCUCACUUGUGUGGUUGUGGUGGUCGUGUCUGUGUUGCUGGCGGUGUGGUUGGUUCCCCGCGAGUGGUCCGUGAAAUCUGGAUCCCCACCGCAGGACCCCUCCGUGCGGCUCCUGAGCAGCCAGGAGCUGGCCCUGCACGACGGGGAGCCAGGCAGCAAGGGCCUGUACCUGGCCAUCAUGGGGCAGGUGUUUGAUGUAAACAAGGGACACAAGCACUAUGGACCCGGUGGUGGCUAUCACUUUAUGGCAGGCAGAGACGCCUCGCUGUCCUUCGUCACUGGAGACUUCACAGAAAGUGGCCUAACGGAUGAUGUGUCCAGUCUGUCCCCCUUGCAAGUGGUGGCCUUGUAUGACUGGCUGGCCUUCUAUCAGAGGGACUACCAGACUGUGGGUUUGGUAUCUGGCCGGUUCUACAGCGAGACUGGACAGCCAACAGAGGCCUUGUUGCAAGUAGAAGCAUCACUAGCGGAAGGCCAGCGAAUGAAGGCCCAGUCUGAAGCUGAGAAGCUGCAUUUCCCAGCAUGCAAUUCAGAGUGGAGCUCUGCCAGGGGAGGAAGAGUCUGGUGCUCCACUAAGAGUGGUGGAGUGUUAAGAGACUGGGCGGGUGUCCCACGGAAGCUCUUCUCUGCUGGAUCCACUGGUCUUCGUUGCGUGUGUGUGGAGGACCCCUCUGCAGCAGAGGAAGACCCCAACCUGCAGAAAUAUGAAGGCUGCCUUCCACAUGCUGAAUCGUGUGCUGUUGGAGAAUUUUAAUCUCUGAGCCAACCUAGAAAAUUGACCUAUUCAAAGCCUGCUUUUCAGUUGCACAAAUCUCAGGAAAACAUAGGGGCCUUUAAUUGUAACGCACAUAGAAGUUGGAAUGAAGAAUUCUCAAUACAUUUGUUUUUGAUGACCUUUA